AUGUAUAUCAAACAGAUCAUCAUCCAGGGCUUUAAGAGUUACAAAGACCAGACGGUCAUCGAACCCUUUUCCCCGAAACACAAUGUUAUUGUCGGCCGCAAUGGUUCCGGCAAGAGUAACUUUUUCGCCGCUAUUCGCUUCGUUUUGAGCGAUGCCUACACGCAGAUGGGACGGGAAGAGCGCCAAGCUCUGCUUCACGAAGGCUCCGGUUCCGCAGUCAUGUCGGCCUAUGUCGAGGUGAUUUUCGACAACUCGGACGAGCGAUUUCCUACCGGCAAGCCAGAACUAAUUCUCCGGAGAACGAUUGGUUUGAAAAAGGACGAAUAUACCCUGGACCACAGGAACGCGACCAAGGCAGAUGUCAUGAACCUGCUGGAAUCUGCCGGUUUCUCGCGAUCUAACCCAUACUAUAUCGUCCCUCAAGGUCGUGUCACAACAUUAACAAAUAUGAAAGAUUCGGAACGUUUGGUGCUGCUAAAGGAAGUCGCUGGUACUCAGGUCUACGAAGCCCGUCGAGCCGAGUCACUCAAAAUCAUGAACGAGACCAAUAACAAACGAACGAAAAUUGACGAAUUACUUGACUAUAUUAACGAACGUCUCGAUGAACUGGAGGAAGAAAAAGACGAGCUACGGAACUAUCAGGAACAGGAUCGUGAGCGUCGGUGCUUGGAAUACACAAUCUAUUCUCGCGAACAGCAGGAGAUUGCAAAUGCGCUUGAUAGCCUCGAGGGCCAACGUCAAACCGGUGUCGAGGACACCGAUGCAAACCGGGAAAACUUUAUUCAGGGUGAAAAAACCUUGACCCAAAUUGAUGCAGAAAUCGCCGAGUGCAAGCAGCAGAUUGAAUUUUUGAAAGUGGACAAGGCGCAGCUGGAGGAUGAACGCCGCGAGACUUCUCGCGCCCUUGCUCAGGUCGAACUACAGGAGAAGGCUCUCAAAGAUGGCCAAUCUGCUGCCCAGCAGUUCAAAGCUCGACAUGAUAACGACCUUGAAUCUGUCCAGACCGCCAUUAAGCAACGUGAAACAGAGCUACAGACGCUAUUGCCUCAAUUUAACGCUGCUAAAGAGCAAGAGGACGGCGUCAAGUCGCAAUUAGAUCAAGCGGAAACUGUUCGACAACGCCUCUAUGCUAAACAAGGCCGAAAUUCUCGCUUCAAAAACAAGUCCGAACGUGACAAGUGGAUCCACAACGAGAUUCAGGAGACCAAGAACUCUAUUAAGGCUGUUAAGAAAGUUGAAUCUCAAACCAAACAAGAUAUUAAGGACCUCGAGAAUACUAUUGAGACCUUGGAACCGGAGAUUGAGAAUUUACGCAAGCAGAUUGAUAGUAGAGGAGAUACUAUUCAGUCCAUCGAACAAGAGGUGCAAAACGGCAAGGAUGAAAGGGAUCAGCUCAUGGACCAACGAAAGGAACUAUGGCGAGAAGAGGCCCGCUUGGAUUCCGUGCUGUCGAAUGCUUCCCACGAAGUUGAUCGUGCCGAGCGUAAUCUCUCGCACAUGAUGGACAACAGUACCAGUCGCGGCAUCGCAGCUGUCCGAAGAAUCAAGCGCCAGCACAAUCUAGAAGGCGUUUAUGGCACACUAGCCGAGCUCCUAGAUGUCAACGAGCGAUAUCGCACCGCAGUCGAAGUUACUGCUGGCACAAGCCUGUUUCAUUAUGUCGUCGAUACGGACGAGACUGCCACCAAAGUCCUUGAAAUUUUGCAAAAAGAGAAGGCUGGUCGAGUUACAUUCAUGCCACUGAAUCGCUUGAAGUCUCGUCCAAUGAACCUGCCCAAGGCAAGCGACACGAUUCCCAUGAUUGAAAAACUAGAGUACGAUCCCAAAUUUGAGGGCGCAUUUCAACAAGUGUUUGGCAAAGCAAUUAUUUGUCCAAAUCUUCAAGUGGCUGCCCAGUACGCUCGAAGUCACGGCGUGAACGCCAUCACCCCUGAUGGAGAUCGGUCGGAUAAGCGUGGUGCAUUGACUGGAGGUUUCCAUGAUUCCCGGCAAUCUCGCCUUGAGGCUGUGAAAACCUUGACGAAGUGGCGGGACGAACAUGAAACGAAGAAGAACCGUGCCACCGAGAUUCGCAAAGAUCUAGAAAAGCUAGAUCAAGAGGUCACUCAAGCGGUUGGCGAGUUGCAAAAACUGGAGCAGCGCAAGCAACAAUUCCACAGCAGCAGCGGACCGAUGCGACAAGAGCUCCGAAGCAAACGUGAGUUGCUGCAGAACAAGAAUGAUAAUCUUGAUAGCAAGCAACGAGCUCUUCAGAACAUUGCAAGCAACCUGACUGCCCUGGAUGGCCAGGUCGGUGCAUUGGAAGCGGAAGUGUCUUCGGCAUUCCAAAAGGCACUCACACCAGAGGAAGAGGCACAGCUUGAAUCGCUUGGAUCUACCGCCCAGAAACUUCGCCGCCAAUAUGCAGAACUCUCUGGCCAACGCAGUGAAUUUGAGGCUCGGAAGUCGGUGUUGGAAGUGGAACUUCGCGAAAACCUUUACCCACGUCUCGACCAGCUCAGCGGUAAUGGGAUUGAUAUAGGCGAUGAGGGCGCACAGGGUAAUCUCAAAACCGCUGAGCGGGAGAUGAAGAAAUUCCAGACUGCACUUGGAAAGAUAUCGCAACGUCUUGCCGAUGUUGACAAGUCGAUUACAGAAGGCAAUAGUCAAGUUGGAAAGCUAGAAAGUCGCAAGGCCGAGAUACGAAACGAACUUGAGGCGCUUGCCAAGUCGAUUGAAAAGCACCAGAGACGAAUGGAAAAGAGCAUGCAGAAGAAGGCAGCGCUGACCAAGCAAGCUGCCGAGUGUAGCUCAAACAUUCGUGAUCUGGGUGUCUUGCCGGAUGAAGCAUUCACCAAGUACAACAAGACGGACUCGAAUAGUGUUGUCAAAAAGCUGCACAAAGUCAACGAGUCACUGAAAAAGUAUUCUCACGUCAACAAGAAGGCGUUUGAGCAGUACAACAACUUUACCAAACAACGGGAAACCUUGACAAAGCGGAGAGAAGAGCUCGACGCGUCCCAAAAGUCAAUCGACGAGCUUAUAACGGUGCUUGACCAGCGCAAGGAUGAAGCUAUUGAGCGUACAUUCAAGCAGGUAUCGCGCGAGUUCCACAACGUGUUUGAGAAGCUUGUACCUGCAGGCCGCGGCCGCCUAAUUAUUCAGCGCAAGACAGACCGAGCUCUUCGCCCGGAAGACGAGAUUGAGUCCGAGGACGAAGACCGCCGAGAGAGUGUUGAGAAUUACGUUGGUGUUGGAAUCAGUGUUAGUUUCAACAGCAAACACGACGACCAACAACGUAUUCAACAGCUCAGUGGUGGCCAAAAGAGUUUGUGUGCACUUGCACUUGUCUUUGCCAUUCAAGCCUGCGAUCCUGCACCGUUUUAUCUCUUUGACGAGAUCGAUGCCAAUCUAGACGCCCAGUACCGUACCGCAGUGGCUCAAAUGCUGCAGUCAAUCUCGGAGGCCACCAACGGACAGUUUAUCUGCACGACUUUCCGGCCGGAAAUGCUGCACGUGGCGGAGAAGUGCUACGGGGUCAGCUUCCGCAACAAGGCUAGUACAAUCGACGUGGUGUCGAAAGAGGAAGCACUCAAGUUUGUGGAGGAGCAAAAGAGUUGA